GUUUAAAUCAACCCUCAACACGUGAAAGAAGAAACUGUAAAAUUUAUUAAAAAAAACUUAAGAUGGAUGAAAUAAAUAAAGAUAGCAGAUUUUCACAGAUCAAAAAUGAUCCAAAAUUCAGAAGAAUGCCAAGAAAAGAAAAGAAAGUCAAAAUCGAUAAAAGAUUUAAAGACAUGUUUAGUGAUAAAAAAUUCAAGUUGAAAUACUCUGUUGAUAAACGUGGAAGACCUGUCCAGACAACAACAGAUGAAAACUUCAAGAAGUAUUAUGACAUAUCAGACAGUGACGAGGAUGAUGAUGAUGAUGACAAGGAAAAAGAGAAAGAGGAGGAAGAGGAUGAUGAAGAAGUGAAUGGUGAUGAAUCAAAUGAAAUACCUAAGAAGUCAUCACAAAAGCAGAAGUUAAAAAACACAUUAAAACAAUCUUCAGAUGUCCAUGAUGAACCAGAAGAAUCCCCUGAUGAUGAAAAAGAAGAAGAAGAAGACAAAGAAGAGGAAUCAGAGUCAGAUGAAUCAGGAUUGGGAAGUGGUCCAGAUUUAGCUAGAGGAGAAGGAAAUGUAGAAACAUCCUCAGAAGAAGAAGAGAGUGAUGAGGAAGAAUUUGAUAAUGAUGACAACUUAGUUAUAAAUAUAGCAGACUUGGAUAAAGAUGCAGUAGAAGCACCUGAGAUAACCAGUAGAUUAGCUGUCUGUAACUUGGACUGGGAUAGAGUCAAAGCACAAGAUAUAUUUGUAUUGUUGCAGUCAUUUAAACCCACAGGAGGUCUUAUAAAAUAUGUAAAGGUGUACCCCUCAGAGUUUGGAAUAAAGCGUAUGGAAAUGGAGGCAUUAAAAGGACCAAUGGAAUUAACAGAGACACCUCUUGCGAAUCAAGACAGUAACGAACAAGAUGAUCAAGAUGAUGAAGAGGGUGGAGGUUUUCACACAGAGAAGCUAAGGAGAUACCAAUUAAACAGACUUAAAUACUACUACGCUGUAGUAGAAUGUGAUUCACAAGAAACAGCCAAUAAAAUCUAUGAAGAAUGCGAUAAUAUGGAAUAUGAAAGUAGUUCUAAUAAAUUAGAUUUAAGGUUUAUUCCAGAGGAUAUGACCUUUGACCAUGAACCUAAAACAGUGUGUACAGAACCACCAACCUCAUAUACACCUUCAUUAUACUUUACAACAGCUUUAUGUCAGUCUAAGGUGGAUUUAACAUGGGAUGAGACAGACCAGGACAGAUUGAAGGUCACAAUGAAUCCUAGCAUAGGAAAGAGAACAAAGAAAGGGAAAGGUGAAGUGAAGGAAGAAGAUUUCAAAGCUUAUUUAGCAUCCAGUUCUGAAGAUGAAGAUGAGGACAAAGCUGGGUCUUUGGGAAACUUAGAUUUUGGAGAUGAAGAGAGUGAGUCAGACAAUGAAGAACAACAGAUCAACAAAUAUAAAAGUUUGGUACAGAGUAUAAAGGAAUCAGAGGAAAAGAAGAAAAAAAGAGAUGUUGAAAUGGAGAUAACUUGGGAACCAGGAUUAAAAGAAUCUGCAGAAAAAAUAAUAAAAAAGAAGGAAAAAGAAAAAGGCAUGACUGUAUGGGAUAAAUACUUAGAAAAGAAAAAAGAAAAGAAACAAACAAAGAGAGAUGAUAGAAAAAAACAGGACAAAUCAAAAGAAGAGGAUUCAGAGUCUGGAUCAGGUGAUGAAGAGGCUUUCAGUGAUGAUGAUGUACCAGAAGAUCUUAAAUCAGAUCCUUUCUUUCAACACAGUGAUGAUGAAGAUAAUCCUAAACUGAAAAAGAAAACCAAAGGUAAAAAGAAGAUCAAAGGAAAAGAAACUCCAGAGGAAAAAGAGUUGAAGGAAAAACAAAAGGCAGAGUUAUCUCUCUUGAUGAUGGAUGAAGAUAAUGAUGAAGAUGACAAAAAACAUUUCAGUUUGAAAAAACUUGUACAAAAUGAUUCAAAGAAAAAAAAGAAGAAGUUGCAAAAGGGAAAGCUUGAAAGCAAGAAAGAAGAUGAAGAUGAGUUUAAGAUUGAUACAAAAGAUCCAAGAUUUGAAGCUUUAUAUACCUCACAUAUGUACAAUGUUGACCCUUCUGCACCUGAAUAUAAGAAAACAAAAGGAAUGAAAGAUAUCAUUGAUGCCAAACAGAUAUUCAGAAAGACAGAUAAUAAAAGAAAAUCUUCACAGAUAGAUGAAAAUGUGAUAAAAACCAAAACAGCUAAAGUGAAUGAUGGUACAACCCAGACAAAAGACACUUCUUUACAGAAACUGGUAGAAUCUGUGAAAAUGAAAACAAAGCAUUUUAAGAAUAAAAAAUAAUUAUAAACUUACUGU